UUCGGGUUCGAGGAAAGUCGUCGUAUGAAGAGAGCUUCAUCAGCAAUUGCUAUACUUUGCGCUGCGCCAUUUCAACAAAGUUCGCCGACCACGAUCGAUAGUUCAGCACACGCAACAACUCACAAACCUUGCAUAGAGACCUACCACGCUCGCAAUGCCUCCCGUCGCUCCUAUCAAUGCUGGCCAGCAUGGCCCCUCCAACGUGGAUAAACUCAAGAUGGGUGCCAUGAUGGGUGGAACUGUUGGUGUCAUCAUGGGUUUUGUCUUUGGAACUGUCAACAUUUUCCGAUACGGAGCCGGCCCUAACGGCAUUAUGAGAACCCUCGGUCAAUACAUGCUUGGCUCCGGAGCAACUUUUGGCUUCUUCAUGUCCAUUGGUAGCGUCAUUCGAUCCGACGCCGACCCCAAACUUCACGAAAUGUACAUGCGAGCUCAACGUCGGCCUAUAAUGUUGAUGGCCAACCCCGCGUGGAGGAAAUCAUGAGAGCAGCAUAUCAUACGAGACGAGAGCAAUACCCAGUCGACUUCGACUUCCACCCUGUACAGUCUGGCAUCUGAUGGCCGCAAUCUGUAAAAUACAUAUCAAAAUUAUUUCGAAAUGGACCAAUCUAUUGUCAAGUCUCAGGCCCACCAUCGAUACAGUGCAUCAGACCAGUCAGAGAUGUCUGUUGGUCUCACGAUGCGAGGGUUUUUUGUUAUGCUGUCAGACCUUGCAGACCGCUGCGUUUUCCGGGUUCAAGUGACCCGAUUAUAUGUGACUGCAUUUAAAAGAUUACACAACAAUCUUUGAGAGGCGGCGAGAGAGGUGUGGCGUUCAACAUAAGCCCUUAGCCGUCCAGGUUACAUUUCCUUACAGACAUGAUCGACACACCACUACCCUUACGCGACCCAGCAUGUUGGCCUAUCCCACAGCUGCUGAUACGAGGUGACAACAACAACCACGCUCGAUGUUGUCGAGCAGCUGGAAGUUCUUGACGCUUAAACUUUCCAUAAGCUAACCGCUUUGGCUCAUGCAAUUUAGUCAAUGGCGUUCAAUAGCUUAUUAUCGCAUCCUCUUUUUUGCAUAUGCAGUAGGAAGUCAACCCUGCUUUUGCACAACUGGCGCCAUGCUUCUUCGCUAUUGGUGAUCGGUCCAGUGGUCUGAGGGAAUUGCUUUUUAGAGGACAGCUGAGAGCGAACUCUAAGUCUCACAACUUAUGCAUAUUGAACAACAUCGUGCAUUGAUGUCAUAUUUCUUGGGUUGUGUGUCAGUGAUUGUGCUGUUACAUCGAGUUGAAUCGUUGUUAUGCGGUCCAUUUGAAAGCAUGAUCACAUGCCUUUGAAGCUGACAUGCUGACUUUGCUAGGCUCUUUGACGUCUGGAUUGCUAUCUCUCGACAUUACGAGAUUAUUGAUCAGUCGAUCGCAAUUGGCGCUUUUAUGGCACCAAUUACCAAAUGAGGAACCCCCCGGCUCACACGCUUUUGAAUUGUUGGAGCUUGCUGUUGUUGGGCUGCAUCGUGCAGUCGCCAAUCAUGACUGAGCAAACUCAAGACAAGGUUAAAUCUACACGAUCGAUGCUUGCCCUUCUACAUACAGUC